ACUAAUCAAAAUGUUCAAAUUCUUCGCCGUCUGCUUCUUCGCUGUUGUGGCUGUGGCCGCUGCCAAGCCUGGAUUAUUGGCUGCUGCUCCUUUGGCCUACACUGCUCCAGCUGUCGUUGGCAGUGCCGCCUACGUAGCCCCAUAUGCCUCCAGUUAUACCGCUCAUCAUGUGGCCCAUAGUGCUGCCUUCCCAGCUGCUUACACUGCACCAUUUGCCGCCGCCGCUUACACCGCUCCUCUGGCAGCUGCUGCUUACACUGCUCCCUACGCCGCCGCCUACACUGCUCCAAUUGCCCGUUUCGGUGCUCCAGCUUAUACAGCUGCCUACACCUCGCCCUUGGCCUACAGUUCCCCUUAUGUGGCCCGUCCGUUUGUGGCUGCUGCCCCUGCUGCUCCUCUUCUGUUGAAGAAAUAAGUUACCAGGUGAAUGGAUUGAAUCGUUACCUACACCACGCCACCAAAAACAAAU